AAUGGACGAGGGCGUGUUCCUAGGUUGCUCUGUGCUUUUGCUUUGCUAACUUCCUUGCUAAGAAAACCAAUUGUAAAUUCAUCGGGACGAUGACCCGUCCCUUUUGCUCCCCCAGUAACUUUGAAUGUGUGGAGGACACUCCAGAACAUGCAAGGAGGAGCAGCAGGAGCUGAUCUCUGCAUAUGGUUCUUGCAGAUCCAUUGGGGAGUCAGAUUGUUGGGGGGCAUGAAGCCAAGCCCCACUCCAGACCCUACAUGGCUUACUUGACUGGUCCUAACAAUACCUGUGGUGGAUUCCUCGUGGCGCCCCAGUGGGUAAUGACGGCUGCGCACUGCGAUGACAACUAUAGUGUCAUCUUGGGGGCACAUAACAUCUCCAAUGAUAAAGAACCCUCUCAGAAAGUGUUCACCGUUGAGGCUAACUACGCGCACCCUGGAUAUAACAAAAAGAGCAAAUCAAACGAUAUCCGUCUGCUCAAGCUGAAUUCCAAGGCUACUCUGAAUGAAUAUGUCAAGAUCCUGCGCUUGCCCACAUUCAACCGUGACCUCCCCCAUGGGACCCCCUGCAGCGUGGCAGGAUGGGGCCUGUUUUACACAGACUGGUCACCAGACACACUCUUUGAGACCAAUGUCACCAUCUAUGACCAUCGGGAAUGUGGGGAACUGUAUCCUAACAUCGAUGGUGGGAAGGUCUGUGCUGGGAGACCCGAGGAGCCUGAGGAUUCUUUCUCGGGUGACUCAGGUGGCCCCUUGGUGUGCAAUGAUGUGGCACAAGGAAUCGUCUCGUAUGGCAAUCCCUGCCCUCCUGGAGUUUACACUCGUGUUGCCUACUACCUUCCUUGGAUCCAGGAAACCAUGUGGUCAUGAGGAGAAGAGACAUCAACAACGCUAUCUUUGCUUUUGCUUUUCCACGCUUGUGCUUGCAUGAAUAACCUGCUUGGCUUGCAUUCUGCAACAAAACACACACACAGAGAGAGACCCCCUCAAUGGCUGUGAAAAAAGGAUGAUCUAUCAGAUGUUUCAUACAGGAUGGUGUUUGGGCAAGUGCCAUCACUGCCUCCCACCCCCUUGAAGAAAAUCCCUCCCCCAUCUCCCUCAAGCAGCUCCUCCCUUCUCCCUAUUGUAAGGGUGGAGGACCUGUGGCCCCAGAUGCUGGAGUUCAACGACAUCUGGAGAAACAAAGACUGUCCAUAUGUGUGGACUGCAUCAGGUUCCAUAGGUCCUCCUUUACGUCAGGAGAGGAGGACCUGCGGCUCUCCAAAUGUUGUUGGACUCAAACUCCCAUCAGUCCUGGCUAGUACAGCCAAUUGUGAGGGC